GCACUGUCGGCAAGAUGUCGCAAGACUACAACGAAUAUCUGGCCGUCAAUGUGUUAAAUGAACAGCACUAUGUCACAUACCGAAACUUGAGCCGAGCGUUGAAAGUGCACAGCAAUACGGCAAAGCAGAUGCUGUACGAAUUUCACCGCAAGCAGCAUAGCAAGAAGCCCGGCAGCGUUCACGCAACUUACCUCGUCGCCGGCACGAAGCGUUCCCACACUGCGUCGAGCACUGACACCAAUGCGGAUGGCAAACAUGACCAAGAUGAAAAUGACCAAGAUGGAGACGUGCCGAUGAACAGCAGUCCGCCCAUGCCAAGCAGCUCUCUCCAUCAGCCACAUGCCGAACACAAUUCCAGUGCCAGUAACCGGGAGGUGGAGGUCGCGUUGAUCAGGUCGGUGAUGUUGGUGAGGGAGCAGCAGCUAGAAAAAGCGAGGGCCCAAUUUGAGACCAUCACUGGCAUCCACAUCUACAGCCUGCAGCCGAACGGUCUGAGCGACUUCCAGCUGUUGACCGACUGCAAUCGGAGGCUGCUGUCCGACUAUGCGAACGAAGACCCAUUGACGGAGUGGAAACAAUAUGGUGUCAUACAGAAUGCAAACGUCAAGCGAAGGACACGCAAGAAUGCACCGCCAAUUCCGCCUCCCGCGGCAACUGCAAAAAAGCCCGAGCCGACGAAAGCAAAACCAGUUACAGUGCCGCAGCAGCCAGCACGGGAGGAUAGUCAAGACUCAAAAACGCCGGUCACGAGUGCGACAGCAAAGACUGCGACAUCAAGCACGACCAAGAAGGGAGCAACAUCGAAAAAGGAAGGCGGGUUGCGAAAGGCGUUUGCAAGAGGCGCUGCGAAGUUAAGCAAAUCAGAGUCACAGCAGAGUGCAACGGUCCCUUCUCCUCCCGCCGAAGAUGCACCAAUGACUGGCUUCUCAGACGACGAUGAUGACGAUGUUGACGCAACUCUUGCCGAGCCAGAGGAGACUAGAGGGCCCUCGGGAGCUUCGAGGAAAGAUAGGAAGGCUGCACUGGAAGCGAUGAUGGACCGGGAAGACGAAUCAAUGGAUGAUGCACCAGAGCCCGCCGACGAGCCAGCACCUGAAGAUAAGAGCCGGCACGAUGAUGGUGCCUUGGACAAGAACGCCGCGAGAGACGAGGAGUCGAAGGAGACCGUCACUGUGGAGAACGGUCGUAGACGUGGCCGAAGACGGAUCAUGAAGAAGAAGACAGUCAAAGAUGAGGAGGGCUACCUGGUCACUAAGGAAGAGCCGGUUUGGGAAGAGUUCUCAGAAGAAGAGCCCGCCCCUAAAAAGGCAAAAGUAUCAGCGUCUGCUCCGAGUUCGAAAGCUGGCGAGAAAAAGACUGCAAAGAAAGGUCAGGGCAACAUCACGUCUUUCUUCGGCAAAAGGUAGACAUGUAGCAUGCCGCACAAGCAUGGAAAUUAACCAGCAUUCCGUUGUG